AGGGGGGUGUUGGUGCCGUUAACAAGGCACCAAACAAACCCCUUCUCGCUUUCUGGGGCGUCCAGUCAUUCACACUCUCUCGUCAGUCUCUUCAGUCCUCACACAUUGGUGCAGACACAGUUCACAGCAAUUCACGGCCUCCAACACAAGGAUAAAGCGGCGUGACACUAGAGCUUCAUGAUGUCGACUUCUUUGGUGCCAACACUGGACAGGGAGAAUGCUGGAGCCCAUUUAGGAGGAACCCAUGAGAAACAUCACCUACUUGGCUCACAGAAGAAGCUUGGAGAGCAUCCAUCCAGAGCCAUGCCUGUUCAUAAGCAAUUCUUAGGAAUGUCUACAAACUUUCAAAAGAGUCACCGAUCGUUUGGAGAAAUCAGUAACCGGCUUGAUAGAGGGAGUGAUAACAGCAGCAGUGGGCCUUCGAAGAUGUUAAAUCAGCCAUCAUUAUCAACAGCAUGCAAACCUGAGAUGAUGCAGAAAGAGGUUACAGAAGUGCCAGAGUUUAUCCCAUCCAUACCAGAGGACAAAGAUUAUUCAGAUAUCAUUCCAUCUUCACUCUCCUUGUCCCGUAAGCAGCUGGACAAGUUUGCACACUUUUGGGAGUCUUGCCAGAAGCCAGAUCUCCACAUUUUUGAUGCCUCACAACUCUCCAGCUCUCCACCUCAAAACUUAACAUUCCUACCUAUUGCAAGGUAUGAGGAAAAGCUGAUGUUUGAUCCAGUGCCAGAGGAUGUCUUUGAUCUGCCACCUCCUUGGGAAUAGUGGUUUUGUGUUCCAUCUUCUAUUUAUUUAAUUUUGCUCAACCUAAUGAACAAAAUGUAGCUUGGGAGAUUGUCGAAUGUUCCAAAGAGUGCAGUUUCUUUUAGUUAUAAUACUCAGUUUUGCAAAGAUUUAUUUUUAUGAAGCCAGUGUCUUUCUCAGGUGCUUAUAGUAAUUAGUUGAAGGAAGCAUGCACAGAUUGGUGGUUCAUUUGAAGCAAUUUUAUCCUGGCUCUCUCCAUGAACAAAUAUCUGUUUUCAUUUUUGAAAUCUCCUCAGUGGGGUACAAUUACAUAAAAAGUUUGACCCAUACAGUUAAGAACAUUUCAAAGUGAAUCAUGAAUCUUUUACUCCUGAGUACUGUUUGAGAUUUUCAUAAUUCGUGUAAUCGUAUAAAGGGGCCAAAAGUGUUCAGGAAUAAAAACAAAGUUAUUGUGGACCAGAUAACUAUCAUUUUGUAAUCUGAAAAUCUAAGAGGAAAACUUUUUAUCAACCCUCUGAUGAAGAAAUUAUGUUAAGGUACUUUAAUUACUGUGUAAGGACUGUCAUAAAGAAACAUUCCUAAAAUUAGAAUAAGCACAUACUGUGUUCUUUGUGUUAUGCUGUGUAUGUGCAGGGCCAUGCUGAAGUUUUAGGGAAGGGUCAACAAAUCUGUACCUUGUGUGGGUUUUCCUGAGGCAGAGCAAUCAUUUCUUGUAGGUUGCUGUCUGUAGACCCAGUUCGCUUAGCGCUUAGUAUUUUUUAGCUGAAAGGGAGAGAGUAUUGUAUCUUUCUUCUUAUGAAAAUGUGUUGGUAGCCUAUGAAAAUACAUGAAACCACCUUAAGAAUGAAAAAUAAAACCUUUUCCUUUUCA